CGCCCCCUGCUGCUGGCAGGAUCCCGAUCCCCGUCUCUCCCCCGCCCCCCUCGCUGCUGCGAGGGCGCCCGGCCGGGAGGAUGAUGAACUCGCUCCUCUUCGGGGAGAUGGCGCGAGCCUUCUCCGCCGGCCCGGCCCCCGGCGCCCUGGGCCCCGGCAGCCCCGCGGCGGCCCCCCCGCCGGUGACCACGGCGCUGCGGAACGACCUGGGCUCCAACAUCCACCUGCUGAAGGGGCUGAACGUGCGGUUCCGCUGCUUCCUGGCCAAGGUGCACGAGCUGGAGCGGCGCAACCGGCUGCUGGAGAAGCAGCUGCAGGCGCAGCAGAGCGAGCGCGACCGCCGCUUCCGCUACAAGACCUUCUCCCGGGACCAGGCCGUGCAGACGGACUCGGGCCCCCCGGCUCCCGGACACGGCGCCCCGCCGCCCGGCCCCGCCGCCGCCGCCGCCUCCCCGCCGCAGCACUACGGCCGCCUGCCUGGCACCAUCUGGAGCUACACCCAGGUGCGCCGCACCGGCGGCGGCGGCCUGGAGACCCUGCAGGGGCCCGGCGUCUCCUGGGUCCACCCGGACGGCGUUGGGGUGCAGAUCGACACCAUCACCCCCGAGAUCCGGGCCCUCUACAACGUGCUGGCCAAAGUCAAGCGGGAGAGGGACGAGUACAAGCGAAAAUGGGAGGAGGAACUGGCAAAGCGAAUGAGUCUGGAGUCUAUGGUGGAAACCUUGCAAGAGGAGGCUCAAGAAGCUGAAGCUGUCCAGGAAGAGUUAAAUGAAAAGAUUGAGCGGCUGAAAGCAGAGCUUGUUGUCUUUAAGGGUCUGAUGAGUGAUCCCAUGACAGACCUGGACACAAAGAUCCAAGAAAAGGCCAUGAAGGUGGACAUGGACAUCUGCCGUCGAAUCGAUAUUACAGCUAAGCUGUGCGAUGUAGCACAGCAGCGCAACUCUGAAGACGUUUCCAAGAUAUUCCAGGUGGCUUCCAAAAAGAAAGAACGCAAGCUAACAUCUGACGAUGACCUCUCUGAGCAGGAUGGAGACAACAGCAGAUUAUCAGAUGACGAAGUCAGCUGUUCUCUGAACAUCACAGAUGAAAUGAAGCGAAUGUUUAAUCAGCUGCGUGAGACAUUUGAUUUUGAUGAUGACUGUGACAGUUUAACAUGGGAGGAGAAUGAAGACACCCUGCUUCUCUGGGAAGACUUCACAAACUGCAAUCCUUCGAUUGACCUUCAAGGAGAACAGGAGGAGAAUCUGGGAAACUUGAUCCAUGAAACAGAAUCUUUCUUCAAAACAAGAGACCAAGAAUAUCAGGAAACAAUAGGACAGAUUGAGCUGGAGCUAGCCACAGCCAAGAGUGACAUGAAUCGCCACCUCCACGAAUACAUGGAAAUGUGCAGCAUGAAGAGGGGCCUGGACGUACAGAUGGAAACCUGUCGUAGACUUAUCAAAGGCUCAGCUGACAGAAAUUCUCCAUCUCCCAGUUCUGUAGCCAGCAGUGACUCAGGAAACACAGACGAGAUUCAAGAUGAGUUUGACAGAGAGGCGGACGUGGAGCCUAUGGUCAGCUGAUACAUAAUCAGAGCAUUCCAGUGAAAGGGAAAAUACAGAAAGAAAAAAAAAAAGUGAAAAAAUAGAAUACUGACCGAACAGACUAAUAAGCCCUGGCACAGGGUUCCUGAGGACUCAUUCCGAUACGCAUCCCCACCCCACCUGAGGAUUGGUGCUGUACAUUUCUACUGUUCUACCAAUUACAAAUGCAGAAUUCUGUAAGAAAACAUGGUGUUUUAAUGGUGCCUUUGCCCCAAGCUGAGCCACUUUGAGCUCUAAUAGAAUAUUAAUAGCAGGUGUUUUUUAUAAGAAAAAUAAAAAAGGGGGAAAAAAAAAAUCUGGCCGCAGCAGAGAAUGGUGCUGCAAAUGUUUUGGGUGUUUCAGUAGGCUUAUGACUUACUGAAGGGCUGCACUGAUUGGCAAAAGGAACAUGGACCACAACACAAUUGCAGUAUGAUUACCACAGUUGUCUGGCAAAAAAAAAAAAAGGAAAAAAUGUAAACACCUCCAAAUGUAGCUGUUAACCCCAUUUAAAAAUAGCAGUGGGUUAGAGGCAGACUUUAGGCUCAUGCAAUUAUAAGGUAUCUAAAGGAAUCUCUUUAUGCCAUCUGUCUGGGUGGAGGGACCUUUGGAAUCUGCACAAGCUUUUUGCCUGAGUCUAGAAUCCCAAGAAGCAGUUCUCAGCUCGGUGGCAAAGUAGAUGGACAAGGUACACUGGGGUGGGAAUAUCACCGUUAAACUACUAUGCAAAAAAAAAAAAAAGCUUGCCUUAUUUAUACGGAAUGUUUGGUCCCUGCUGGACUAGAGUUAUCUCUUGGUGGAAGGAAAGCUAAAAACACAGUUGCACAUGUUAGUUAUCUGUAGAGCUUCCUUUGUAGAGGAAUGUCUGUUAUAAUGCCUUUGUUUCCUGGGAUGGGAUUAGGAGGGGGAUCAGCCCUUCAGUUCCUGAAUUUUUUUUCAACCAUAAUAGUUGCAAGUCCUACUUUACUGUCUGGGAGAUAAGCAGCAUAAAAUGCAGUUUCAUGAGCAGCGUGGUUGAAGCAUCAGGGUAAACUGACACACCAUGCUGUAGAUGUAGGCUUGAGAUGUGACAUCAUUACAGACCACUGUUCUUUGGAAAAGCUGAAAAUACUGUAAUCCUUUUUAGGGCACAGUAAAAAUGAAUCCUAAACUACUGCUGCUCUGGAAUUAGGGAAUAACAGCCAUGUGCUUUCUCUGUGAGAAAGCAAGUAGACCUAGGCCUUACGUGUCUGUUCCUCUGUAUUUUAAACCAGAGAAAGCAGCAUCAAAAGUCUAAUUUAUUUACUUUCUAUUCAGGGAGCUAGUGGCAUGAGAUGGGCUGUUCUUGGUUAUAAUUAGGAAUUGUCACAACUGAGCCAAGAGAAAAGGGGAAUGGGAAUCUGACUUUAAGUAAGUGGAAGACAGUACCAGAUUGUUUUGCAGGCCACUGUUGAAGACAUAAUUAAUAGCUCUUAGAAGUAACUAUGUAGCUAGUGACCAUUUUAAGACUUAGAGACUAAAUUUCAAAUUAU